UGGAGGCCGGCUGUUUACUUUGCGGCAGCUGAGUGUUAGGGAACAUUCCUUACUCAGAAAGCCCCGAGACAGAUAACAGCCAUUUGGAUGUUCCUUUGAGAGACCUUCGGUGGACUUCAAGAGGAUGGUUGACAAUCUCCAGGGUUCUCCACGUUGUCUCUUCGUUCCUUCCGCUCUCGAUGGACAUCUCCCCGCUGCAGACCGGUCCCGUGCUCUCUCGUACGGAUAUUCCUGGGCAAGUACCAGUGUAACCCAUUUCGGGGAAGAGAAGCUUCUCAAAGCCAUGGGGAGCUUCUACAAGGACUACUUCAACUCCUGCAAAAUCUUGGAGCACUACAACUACACCAAGGACAAGCUGGAGAAAGACAAGGACCCCUCGCUGGGUCUCAUCACGGUUGUCAUCAUUGUCUUCUGCUGCUUCAUUAUCCUCGAGAACCUGCUCGUUCUCAUUUCCGUCUGGAGGAACAAGAAGUUCCAUUCGGCCAUGUACAUCUUCAUCGGCAACCUGGCUUUUUCGGACCUUCUGGCCGGCGCGGCCUUCAUCGCCAACGUGGUCCUCUCAGGCCCGGCGACCUUCCUGCUCACCCCGCUGCAGUGGUUUGUGAGGGAGGGGACGGCCUUCGCCACCUUGGCGGCCUCCGUCUUCAGCCUCUUGGCCAUCGCGAUCGAGAGGCACGUGGCCAUCACCAAGGUAAAGGUCUACAGCAGCGACAAAAACUGCCGGAUGGUGCUGCUGAUCGGGGCAUGUUGGGUCAUUUCAGCUAUCAUCGGAGGGAUGCCCGUCCUCGGUUGGAACUGCAUGCACAAUCUCAACGAGUGCUCCACCGUCCUGCCGCUCUACUCCAAGCGCUACAUCUUCUUUGUGGUUACCGUCUUCUCCCUCAUCCUGUUGUCCAUCGUGGUCCUCUAUGUCCGGAUCUACCGCAUUGUCCGUUCGAGCCACGCCGAGAUAGCGGGCUCGCAGACUAUGGCUUUGCUCAGGACUGUGACUUUUGUCCUGGGGGCCUUCAUCAUUUGUUGGCUGCCAGCUUUCAUCGUCCUGUUAAUAGACGCCUUGUGUCCCCGCAAGACGUGCACCAUACUUUACCAGGCAAAGUAUUUCUUUGCCUUUGCUACCCUCAAUUCCGCUAUAAACCCUCUCAUUUAUACCCUCCGCAGCAAGGACAUGAGAAAAGAGUUCCUGAGGGUGCUCUGCUGUUGGGGGAUGAUGGGGCAAGGGAAACCCGCCGAACGGUGCAUGAUCCCCUUGCGGAGCUCCAGUUCCUUGGACCGGUGCACCCAAAAACAGGACCUUACCACUGCGCCUUUCAUGAAGGAACGUUCCACUUUUGUUUGAAGGGACACAAGGAGGAGAGGGAUCAUGGGGGUGGCUAGACCCCACCCCCCCAAGGAGAAGGGGUUUUGGUAGACCCCAAGAGCGAAGUACAAAAAAAGAGAUGCGGUACAUGGUGUGGAAAUAUUGUCCCGGAAGCUUGAUCCACGCGCCGCGUACAUGCAAGGUGUCCGUUCGGUCACCAGACCUGCACAGUAUUAUAACUUUCUCUGUUUAUCCUGGGUGGGAAAGACGACAUUAAAAGUGUGACGGGUCUGGGGAGUGGGCAGCAACAGAACUCUUGA